AUGGCAUUGUCGCAGUCUGUUCCCUUCUCAGUCACGGAGCUUCUCCUGGCUUCCUCCAUCCUCUGCCUGGUAUACUGGGUGAUCAAGGCCUCAAGACCUCCGGUCCCCAAAGGCCUGAAGAGUCCACCAGGGCCAUGGGGCUGGCCCCUGAUUGGACACAUGCUGGCCUUGGGGAAGUGCCCAUACCUGACACUGUCGAGGAUGAGCCAGCAGUAUGGGGACGUGCUGCAGAUCCGCAUUGGCUCCACGCCCGUGGUGGUAAUAAGUGGCCUGGACACCAUUCGGCAGGCCCUGGUGAAGCAGGGGAAUGAUUUCAAGGGCCGGCCUGACCUCUACAGCUUCAGCUUCAUCACUGAUGGCCAGAGCUUUUCUUUCAGCCCAGACUCUGGACCAGUCUGGGCUGCCCGCCGGCGCCUAGCCCAAGACGCCCUAAAGAGUUUCUCCACCGCAUCCAACCCGGCUUCCUCAUCCUCCUGCUACCUGGAGGAUCACGUGAGCAAGGAGGCUGAAGCCCUCAUCAGCAAGUUCCAGGAGCUGAUGGCAGGGUCUGGGUGCUUUGACCCCUACAACGCGUUAGUGGAGUCGGUGGCCAACGUCAUUGGUGCCAUGUGUUUCGGGCAGCACUUCCCACAGCACAGUGGGGAGAUGCUCAGCCUUCUGAAGAGCACCCAUGAGUUUGUGGAGGCUGCCUCCUCCGGGAACCCCGUGGACUUCUUGCCCAUCCUUCGCUACCUGCCCAGCCCCACCCUGCAGAGGUUCAAGGCCUUCAACCAGAAGUUCCUGCGGUUCCUGCAGAAAACAGUCCAGGAGCACUAUCAGGACUUUGACAGGAACAGUGUCCAGGACAUCACGGGCGCCCUGUUCAAGUACAGCGAGAAAGGCACCACAGUUAACGGUGAACACAUCCCCCCGGAGAAGAUUGUCAACCUUGUCAACGACCUCUUUGGAGCUGGGUUUGAUACAAUCACAACAGCCAUCUCCUGGAGCCUUAUGUAUCUUGUGACUAAGCCUGGGAUACAGAGGAAGAUCCAGAAGGAGCUGGACACAGUGAUUGGCAGGACACGACAGCCCCGGCUCUCUGACAGAUCCCAGCUGCCCUAUCUGGAGGCCUUCAUCCUGGAGACCUUCCGACAUUCCUCCUUCGUCCCCUUCACCAUCCCCCACAGCACAACAAGAGACACAACACUGAAUGGCUUCUACAUCCCCAAGGGAUGCUGUGUCUUCAUAAACCAGUGGCAAGUCAACCAUGACCAGGAGCUGUGGGGGGACCCGUUUGAGUUCCGGCCAGAGCGGUUCCUCACCACCGAAGGUACUGCCAUCAACAAGGAGUUGAGCGAGAACGUGUUGCUGUUUGGCUUGGGCAAGCGCCGGUGCAUUGGGGAGGUCCUGGCCAGGUGGGAGGUCUUCCUCUUCCUGGCCAUCCUGCUGCAGCAGCUGGAGUUCAGCGUGCCACCUGGUGUGGAAGUGGACCUGACCCCCAUCUACGGACUGAACAUGAAGCACCCCCGCUGCAAGCACUUCCAGGCCCAGCUACGCUUCUCUGCGAAGUGA